AUGAAUGAGACAGAGGUUCCCAGCAUGAUCAGGAUCCAUUUAUCCAUCAGAAUUCUGCUGAGUGUCCUGCCGUGCCUCCUUUUCUUGUCUGUUAACAGCAUCAUGCUGUUUGCCCUGCUGAAAAAGCCUCUCUUUCUAGAGUCCCCCCGUUACCUCCUGUUCGGAAACCUGCUUCUCUCUGACUCCCUCCAGGUCCUCCUGACAACGCUGCUCUAUGUAUUUGCUCUGACCAGGGUCAAAAUGAUCACUCUGUCCUGCGUUAUUGUCACCCAGCUCACCACCAUCACAGUGAGGAUGUCCCCCCUCAGCCUUGCUCUCAUGUCGUUGGAGAGAUACGUCGCAAUUUGUUUCCCUCUAAAGCAUGCCACCAUUGCCACCACCAAGGCGACGCGGGUGGCUAUCGCUGUCAUGUGGACUCUGGCCUGUUUAGACUCUUUCAUUCAACCUUUUCUGUUUUUUAAACUCAGUAACAGAGACCUCAAUGUUCAGCUGAUCUGUGAGAGGAAAAGCAUAUAUCAGCUGCAUGUUUAUGUGGUUUUAAACCAGGUUUUCACCAUCAUCAAUUUCAUGCUGGUGACCCUUGUUAUCAUUUACACUUAUGUUGGGAUAAUGGUGGCUGUGAGGUUCAGCUCCUCCUGUGCUUACAGGGCCAAGACGGCUCCUAAAACCGUCCUCCUGCAUGCUCUCCAGCUAUGUCUCUACCUCAUCUCCACUCUCUUUAACAUGAUUAACUCCAGUGAGCUCUUCAACCUGGACCCGGCUGUUGCACUCCAAGUCCGGCCUGCAAUCUUCUUAGUUUUAAUAAUUUUCCCCAGAUUUUUGAGUCCACUCAUUUACAGCCUUAGAGAUCAGACACUGAGACAAACCUUCAAAUACUAUUUCACCUUUGGUAAUAAAUCAGUAGGGCCCUAUAAGUCUUAAUUGUUUGAUUGACAUAAAGAUGAUCUCCCAACAGAAAGAGUAUUUUUUCCUUAGAUUAAAAUACUUGUUUAUU